CUACCCCUCCACCCCCUCAGCCAACCCACAGCAGCACCCGGGCUACGCCCAGCCACUGCAGCAGCAAAUGCAGCCCUCCACCCCUCCUCCAGACCUGUACUCCUCAUCCUCCUACACCACCCCCCCCUGCAUGCCUCUCGCGGCUGAGAGGGACACAUUCGCCGGGCGCCUCUCCAAGGCCCUGGAGACGGUCCUGCCCCUCCACUCUGCCUCCCCUCUGGCCAGCACCAUGCAGCGGAGGGCCAGCCUGCCCGCCCUGUUCUCCACACCUCAGCAUUCAAUGCCGCACCCCUACAGCGGAGGAGGAAGCACAGGAGGGAGCAUCCCCCUCCAAACUCUCCCAGACCCCCCUACUAUUUUCUUCCCCUCCAUUCCUGAGCGGCCCAUAUCUUUCUCUCCUCCCCCCACUGGGCCUCCUAAGGCCUACAACACCCAGAGACGCAAGAGCACGUCCAUUCUGGAGGCACACACCCGACACUUCCAGCCUGCCUAUCCUCGCUAUGGGAGUAGCCUGCAUCCUUUUGCUGGGAUGGAGGGCAUUGAGACCCCUCCUCUCUUUGUGGUCAAUCCCAGUUUUGCAGCAGCUGCUCAAAGACUUGGUGUUGGAGAGCCGCUGCAUCUCCAAGGACAAUCUGACCCGAGCUUGUACGUCUACAAAGAUAUGAGAGCAGAGCACGAGGAAGCAGUGAGGAGACUGAGUCUCAAUCAAGCUGCCUUAUUGGACCAUUAUGAAGCCAUGGCCUAUGGAGGUUAUCCAAUGACUACACACCAGCUAGGCCACUUGGGUUUCCAUCAGCAGAUGCAAGCAGCAGCCGCCGCUGCUAGCAUGGGGUUUGAGCCGGUUCCUCCCCCUCAGCCGGGCUUCUUGCACACACAUCUCAUGCAAAGAAUGAGCGCACACAGUCCAAUCCCUCCACCUUUACCCCCCAUGAGUGGGCCCGCCGGUGGCUCGACAUCAUCAUCUGAUGGAUGCUACCCUCCACCACAGCACCCCUCCUCUUCUGCUUUCCCCAUGUCCGCACCUGCGGUGAUAGCCGAAGCCUUGCCAUCAACUGGGAGUGUUUUUGAGUUCCAUUUAGCCGCAGCGGCCGCAGCUGCUGCUGGAGACCCAAGCCUCCUGGCGUCCAGACUGUACCGGGCCCGCAGGAGCUCCAUGGACCUCCCUCUGGAGGACACUGGGACUGGGUCCGGAGGUUCAGGCACGUACAGCCGACUGCAGCCAGUGACAGAGGAGCUGUACACGUACCUCAGCCCCGAGCUCCCCUUACCUCCAGGAAGUCUCCUCCUUCACCACAUAGGGAUAGCCGGAAAAGACAGAAGCCCGGAUCCUUCUAGUGACUCGUUUGCCUCUGACGCCGGAGAGUUCCAGUCCCCUCCUCCCCCACCUCUGCUCCCUCCCUUCGACUCCUCCGCUGCUCAGUCCAUCCCUCACUCGUCCUCCGCUGUGUUCUACGAUGCGCCCGGAGGACUGUUCCCUGUAGAUCCCCAGGGACACCCACCCUCCAUGCAGAGCUUUCUCCCUGCCACCCCAUCCACUGAGCUUGGGGGAGCACCAUCCACCCAGCUGGAGUCUCUGAUCCAGAGUGCCUGGGCUCGGCAUGGAGGGGUGAUACCAGCCCAACCCGAUAUGACAUACCAUGAGUCAUUGAUGGCCAUGCAGGCCGCUAACCCCACUCUGCAGCAGGUUCAGUCCCCCAUCCCACAAUCCACUGCAGGACCACCCCCUCUGGUUCCUGCCAACACACAGCCAGCUCCUCCUGGGACCCCCCAACAGGUUGUUUCAUCCAGUCACAGUAUCACAUCGAUUCAGAGCCCCUCGCACACAUCUCUGCCUUACACAUCUUCUCAGUCUUCAGAGCUGUCCCAGUCCCAACUACAGCCACCUCAAGUCCUCUCAUCUAUCGAGAGCGGCCACUCUGAGGCCUCAGGUCUGAGUGACGGAAACGAGGGAGGAGGAGGGGGUCGCCAUGAAGGGCGCUCCACCAAGAGACAUCAGAGGCGUUCAGUGCGAAGUCGAUCACGCAAUGAGAAGACCUCCAAGGCCAAACUCAAUGUCCUCAAUAUCUCCAACCGAGGAGACAGGGUAGCAGAGUGUCAGCUGGAGACACACAACAGGAAGAUGGUGACCUUCAGGUUCGACCUGGACGGAGACAACCCUGAGGAGAUCGCCCAGAUCAUGGUCCAGAGUGAGUUUAUCCUGGAGAGUGAGAGGGAGUCGUUCAUUGAGCAGGUCAGAGAGGUGAUAGAGAACGCAGAUGAGAAGGGUCUGGAGAGAGACUCAAACAGCCAGAUGGCAGGUGAUAUGGCGCAGCAGAUUCCUACUAGAUCUGUCCCCAUGCCAGACAUCUCUCCCAGUGCAACAGCACAAGUGGUCCAUUCAGCGGGUCGGCGGUUCAUCGUCAGCCCCGUACCUGAGGCCCGGCUGAAGGAACAAACACUCCCCUCUUCCCAUUCUCCGGCCCGCCAACGGCCUGCAGGAAUAGUUCCUCCAGCUGCAGCUCCAGCCCAGACCCCCGCCACUGGUGUGAGCUUGUCCCAGUCAGCUGGAGCCAUCAGCUUACAGCAGGCCUUCUCUGAGCUCAGACAGAACCGCGAUCAGUUUGACCCCGGACCCAGCACCGCCCCUGCCUCCAUCCACUCCACCCACCCCCCUCUGCAGCCUGAAGCAGCUACUGCCCCCCCACAGGCCAGCUCAGUCCCUCCCACUGUGGAUCCUACUGCUGCUCUCCUCCCUUCUAGUUUCAACCCGCCACAGGAGCAGGUGUUGGAGCCCUCACUUUCUCCUCCUUCCUCCUCCUCCACCCCCUCCUCUAUGCUCAGUGCCCCUCUCAGCCAUCCUUGCUCCUCCCCCUCUCCUCCCACUGGGGUGAGUCAGUCCACCCUUCAGUCCCAGCCUUUGUCCCAGUCCCAGGUUCAAGCACAGAUUCAGCCGCAGGCUUUCCCCCAGCCUCAGUCUCAUCCUGUCAUUGCUACAUCAGCCCCCUCCCCUUUACCACCUGCCAGCAUCUCCGGCCUCCCCCCACCAUUGCUCACCUCCCCUCCUCCCGCCCAGACUCCUGUAUCCUCGCCUCCUUCCUCCACUCUUCUAGCUAGUGAAGUCUCCUCAGAACAUCCGUCAGUGUCUCCCCCCUCCUCCUCUACUGUUGCCCUCUCCUCCUCCGUCAUCCUCACCACCGCCAUCCCAGGUCCACAGCUCACUCCCCCCACCUCCUUCCACACCACCACCCCUCCCUCCUCUUCCUCCUCCGUUGUGGGGCUCCAGCCAGUGACCACCAAUGUUCCUUCAGUCCAACCGACCUUGGUCCACUCCCAGCCGCAGACGGCAGCGCUUCCUGGGCAGACGCACACACACAGUGGGGAAUGUGAUGCAAGGUGUGAGGCGUUCAAUGAGUCCCAGGGUAAGCCGGACGACAUCCAGGCUCUGGAGAUGAAGCUGCGCUCUCUCUUCAUGGACAUGGGUGGAGGGGGGUCAGCCACCGGGGGAGACCUCUCAGCUGCUGACCCUGCGUCUGGAGCCCACGCAGCAGGUACCUCGUCCCCAAUGGGCCCCUGCCCUACCUCCAGCACAUCUGUCACCUCACCUGUGUCCAGCCAGCAGGCCAACCCUCCUCAGCCCCCCUGCUCCCUGCCGCUGGGCUCCCCUGCCCCCGCCCAGAGACCAGGAACACCCAUCUCCACCCCUGCUCCCAUCGUUUCUACAAUCGUCCCUGCUUCAUCCUUUGGCCAGACCACUCCAUCCAAAGCUCCUUUAUCCAGGACAUCGGCCAGUUCUCCUCCUUCAGAACUCCUGCCAUCAUUCCCUGGACCUUGUCUAACACAGUCCCAGCAGCCUCUGGAGGACCUUGAUGCUCAGUUGAGGAGAGCGCUCAGCCCAGAGACACACACACAGGCCUCUCACAGUGGCACGCAUUCAGCGGGACAACCAAGUACAGUUCCUUUCUCUCUGGAUGAAGCUGAGUCCACCUCUGGUCAUUCAGGUGGAAUUAAACUGGGAAGAUUUCAGGUGUCCUUGGCCACUGAAGCGUCUCCUGUCCACCGCCCGGCCUGCACUGAGUCUUCCUCCACCUCCUCCUCCUCCUCCUCGUCUUCUUCCUCCUCGUCCUCCUCCAGUCUCUCCAGCCCGGAGAAUACACUGCACAGGAACUCCUCGACUCCUCUCAGAAAAGGAAAAGGAGGGGACGUUGUUGAUGGACCUCCUCAGCGCUCUCAGGGGGGGUCCAAACAACCCUCCCCGCUCACCUCACCCUGCCCCACCACCACAAUCGGACGCUUCCAGGUCACCACCAGCCCAGAGGCCCGUGUUGGUAGGUUCUCAGUCAGUCGUGCCCAGGAGCAGAACCUGGAGUCCGGGCCGACCCCCCCGCCUGCCUCCCCGGCUGCUAACGGACCCAGUCACCCUGGGCAGGCUCAGAGUCCAGACUCCACUCAUAAAGCGUCACUGCCCAGUUUAAACAACAACUCUUUCAAUAACUCCUACAUCAGCAGCGACAACGACUCCGAAUUUGAGGAUGAAGACUUCAAACUGGAAAUCAGCCACCUCACAGAAAAGUGA